AAUAACUUGGCAAACUUUGGGCCCUCAGCAUAGGACCAGACCUUCUAAAGACUUCCAAUCGAAAUGGGCGGAGGAAACGGGCAGAAGUCGGCGAUGCGCCGCGCCAAGAAGCUUGAGGAGGCUCAGGCAGCUAACAAGGGCUCGCAGCUAAAGCAGAACCAGGCUUCUAUGAACAUCAAGUGCCAGAUCUGCCUGACGGCAUUCGUGUGCACAACUAGCGAGAAGCUACUGCGGGAGCACUGGGAAAACAAGCACCCCAAGCAACCAAUUGAGGCUGCGUUUCCCCAGCUGAAGAGCGCCUAAGCGGCGGCCAGGCUGACAAUAAAUGACUGCAGGAUGGGAUCAGGAGCGCGUGGACGCGGCAUGGGGGAUAGCCACCGGCGGCCACAGCAGGCGUGGAGACGACAGGCCGAAGGACUAGCUAGCUGGGCGCACGGGAGUGAUCAAUGUUGGCACCCGGCACCCAGGCCAAGGUGGCUGAGGCGGGCGGGUCAGGGCGGCUGAUGUGCGCGUGAGCCGAGGGACGGCUGGCAUGUCGUCAGUGUUGGCUCGAGGGGUGUUGGAUGGACGGGGUUGAGAUAGGGAGAGGGAAUGACACGUGAGUGGAAGGGUUUAGACAGGCAUGGUCUGAAGUUUUGGUCAGCUUGUGAGAGGAUUGCUUGGGGCGACAGAGAGCAGCAAUGCGGCGUGAGGAUGUGAAGCAAUGCGUUAUCAUGCCGUGAAGGACUACCGACGCGCAUAUAGCGCAGCGGUGCUGGUGCGUCAACUGCGCUAUAAUUAAGUGCGAAGUGUUGAGCACUGCUCAGGUGGUAGGCAGGGAAGGAAGCGGUAAUGUGGGCAAGCCUUGAGGAUUGUGGUGGUGGGUACGGCAUGGAAUCACGGCAUGCGCAUGUAACCCUGGCUGGAC